AUGUCCGUCGAAGUCCAUAAUUUCGGUAUUUCCGACCCAUUUGCCAAUGACACUUCUCAGUUUAGUGUUGGCGGCUCCACUACACACUUAAUUCAUAUCCGGAAUCAGCAGAGAAAUGGUCGGAAGAGCGUUACUACGGUUCAGGGCCUGGAUAAGGCACUCGAUCUGAAAAAGAUGGUUCGUGCAUUGAAAAAGGAACUCAAUUGCAACGGGACGGUCAUUGAAGACGCGGAGCACGGCAGCGUGAUCCAGCUUCAGGGAGAUCAGCGCCAUGCUGUGAAGGAAUUCCUCGAGCGCGAAGACAUCUGUUCGGGGGAGCAGAUCAGGAUUCAUGGGGCCUGA